AUGUCAUACAGAGAGGACGUUGAGAAUGAGGAGCAAGCGGAGGAGGUGCAGGAUGAGGAGGUGCUUGAGGAGGUAGAGGAGCAGGAGGAAGGGCUUGUAGAGGCCGGUGAGAAGCGAACACCCAAUCCACAUCAUGCAGAUGUUGCUGAGGAAGCUGGUGAAGAAGAAACAAAACCAAAGCAUAAACCCUUUUUGCCAGCUUUGGUGCCUCCCAAAAUUCCCGAUGGAGAGAAAGUUGAUUUUGAUGAUAUUCACCGUAAACGUAUGGAGAAAGACCUGACAGAGCUACAGACUCUCAUUGAAGCGCACUUCGAGGGCAGAAAGAAAGAAGAAGAAGAGCUAAUCAGCCUCACCCAGCGGAUUGAGAACCGCAGGUCAGAGCGAGCGGAGCAGCUCCGGAUCCGCACAGAGCGAGAGAGAGAGCGGCAAAACAAACUAGCCGAAGAAAAAGCACGAAAAGAGGAGGAAGAGGCCAAGAGGAAGGCUGACGAUGACGCUAAGAAGAAAAAGGUUCUCGCAAGCUUUCAGUACACCGGAUACAUGCAAAGGACAGACAAAAGGGGCGGGCCUAAGAAGCAAACCGAGAGAGAGAAGAAAAAAACGAUCCUGAGUGAACGCCGUAAGGAACUGAACAUCGAAAACCUCGGCGCAGACAAGCUGAGAGAAACCGCAAACGAACUCUGGAAGUGGAUGCGCCAGCUUGAAGCCGAGAAGUUUGAGCUGCAAUACAGAUACAUGUGCCAGAAAUAUGAGAUCACUGUCCUCAGGAAUCGAGUCAGCGAUCAUCAGAAAAAUACCAAAGGAUCCAGGACUAAGAGGGGACUAAGAAAAUGAUGCAGCUUCGCAGAGACUCACCAACAAUAUCAUUUGCAUAUGUUUAAAUAUAAUUAUAUAAAAUUCUCUUAAAGGUGCAGUAAGCGAUUUCUGAGAAACACUGUUGAUAUUUAAAAUCACCAAAAGGAUCACACCCCUGUCUUGAUAGCUCCACUCCCAAAUUCACAAACACGCUAUGCAGGCACCUCCCCCCCUAAUUGGUGUAUACGCCCCUUACUGCUGAUUGGCUACAAGUGUGUUUUGGUGCUUUGGGCGAUCCACUUUCAACAGUUUUUCUCAGAAAUUGCUUACUGCACCUUUAAUCUUUUUUUUUUUUUUUUUUUUGUGAGAGUUACAAAGAAUAAAAUCAACUAUCUGAAAAGAAUGAUGAACCAAGUGAAGCUAAUUAAGUGACUAAUAAAUAACGCUCCACAUUUGUCAUAUUAAUAUGGUAAUUUGCUAUUAAUGACUCUUUUAAAUGAUAAUUAUAUGCAAAGUGCCAUGAUGUGCUAUCAUUUAUGAUGUUAUUAUCUUUUUGUUGAUUUAAUGUUAAUGAAUCAUAUACAUAAUGUGAACGUAAAGAUAUAGUUGAAAAUGCAUGCAACCCUUUCAGCUUUAUUUCAGAGCAUUAACCAUAAAUGGUUAAUAAAACAUUAUCGGGACGUAAAUAUGUUAGAAUAAAACAGCGUAUGCUUUAGGAUGUCCCAGUGUUUGUCUUUCUUUGUGCUUGGAUAAAAGUGUGAUUUUGUAAAAGAUAAAUAUUUAAAAGUCAAGCGUGACACAGAGACAUAGUACUGUUGAAAACUUUAUUGAAACUUUGCAUGAAGUCACUGAGCUGAAACAUGACAAAUUUAUCCACACCCAUAACGUAACAACCACAAUAUUUUUAAAUGAUGAACAGACGUUAAAAUGAGCCUAAGAAACGUCCCGAGAUAUAUUUAUAUUGUCAGAUAUAUAUAUAUAUAACUUGAUGUAUAAAAUAUAAUAUAAUAUAUAACAUAUAAUAUCUUGAACUUGCACAACCUGUAACACUAAUAAAAUGUCUUUCAAAAUCAUUUUAGAACAUUUUAAAGACAAACAAUGGAAUAUUUAAAAUCUGCUUAAAUGAACAAAAAAAAAAAAAAAAUACUA